AUGGCAACCAGUGAUUCCCAGGUGUCAAUGAAAUAUGUCAUAAAUAAAAAAGUCACCAGCAAGAAAUACCUUGAAUCUUUGCUAAAUGAUCCAGAACCAAACAGUGUGGAUGAUAUCACUGACAGUAGUGAUACAUCCAGAGACUUGUCGGAAAGCGCAGCUUUCAGCAAUGGCAAUACUUCAUUUAACAGCGUUGGAAAUCAAGAUACCAGUUAUUCUAGUAAUGGUGAUGGUCAAAAUAAUCACGAUAACUCUUGUUCUAAAGGCAGUCAUAAUAGACAGGAUUCUAAUGGCUCACUUUCUUCCUUUAAGAAAACCGAAGGGGUUAGUAAUAGUAUUAAGGCCCUCCAAGAUAAGAUAAAGAAAGGGUUGGAUCUUAACGAAUCUGAGAACACUAGAUCUCCGCCAUUAUCAGUCAAGAGUUUUAGAUCCAAUUAUGAAAAAAACAAUAGCCACAAUUAUAAAUCUCCAAGUUUGAAGUCUCCUGAGAUACCAGAAGCUAUGCAAAUUAAGCUUAAAUCAGUGAGUAAUCACAAUAAAGAGAACACCUUGGACUCAAGCUUAUUGCUGUUUGAUUCUGAUACUGAGAAAGCUCCUGGAAACCCAUUUGGUGGUAUACCAAGAUCAAACUCAUCAAAAUUUGACAAAGUUAACAAUAAAACCCCAGUUUCAGUUAAUACAACUGCCAACAUUGUUGAUAACAAGCCAUUGAAUAAUGCAGCAAUUACUGUCAACACCAGACCAAGAGCUCCUUCAACUGAUAGUACCACUUCUAAAGCACCAACCCUCACCCAAUCGCCUAUCAUCAAUAACAAGAAGAAAUCUCACGUUCCUCAAUUCAAAGUCAUCAAGAAAACUUCCACUCCGUUGAAUUCUCCUACAUCUCCAACAAGCUCAAUUUUUUCAAAUGAUUCCUCUCGUUCAGCUGCUCAUCAGGAGUUGAGACAAUUACAGAUAAUUGAUAAGGAAAUCACCAAGAAAAUCAAGAAAAUCAAAUCUGAAAUCAAAUACAUCGAAGAUAGCUUACCACCAAACCCAUGUGUUCAUGAUUUCCAAUCACGUAAGAAAUUGGCUGCGGCAAAGCAAACAUUGGAAAAAAGCUUGGAGUUCUGGGAAAAGAAGAAAUAUGAAAAUGGGAUCAGUUUCAGCAAGAUGACAAGAAAGGUAGUAUACUCAGGUGGCGAAGAGGUGACCACUUUCUUCUCUGGAAGAGUUGAGUAA